CAACCUCACAGCCCGCUGACGGAGUUUUACAGAAAUGACCACGCAACUUGGCGCAAGGUGGAAAAGUGGAAAUUCUUUACGUAGCGGUCGGCCAACCUAUUACUAUAUUACUACGCCGUUCUGCGGUAUAAGAAGAGCGGGAGCUUCGGCGUAUUCGCAGGUCAGAACAUAGCAGUAGAAUCUUCCGUCAAAACUACUUCCUUCAGAACACCAUUCGCCUCUGGAGGUUGAUACGACUCUCCGAAAUCUUUAUAAGCCCGACACCAAGCGUCAAUACACAAACGUAUCCGUCGCCAUGCAGCUGAUAGCGGUGCAGCGCCUCGUAUAUAUAUGGGCUUGUCUUUAUUUGGUGAUAGCCUCGGUUGAAGCCAAAGGAGGUCGCGGUGGAGGCGGCGGAGGCGGCGGUCGUGGAAGCUCUGGAGGUGGAAGCAGGGGAGGAAGUUCCGGAGGAAGUUCCGGAGGCCGCUCGUCCGGUUCUCGCACUACCGGUUCUUCUUCCAUCGGCAGCGGGUAUCGAUCCAACCGAGGAGUCAGCAGCUCAGGCAGUUAUUACAAGUCCGUGCCAACGACAAAUACCGGAAAAUAUACCUACCAGCGCGGAUUGGGCGGUGGAGGAUACAUUGGGUCAGGCAGCUACAGACCUCGAGGGUACUAUAUCGGCUCGUACGGCUAUUACGGAUAUUAUCCAUACAUGUACCCAUUUGGGUACGGGCAUUACUAUCCCUACUGUGGGUAUGACUGUCGUUACGGUGGAAGGUACAACGAUAACAACAGCUCGUCUUACUAUUACGCUCGGCCAUACGAUACUGCUGCCGGAGUCCUGAAUAACAACUCCACCGGCCCCGUCGUCAUAUCGACAAUACGGAACGAUGGCAACGAGGAUGGCGGCGACAUUGACAACCGAUUGCAAUUCAUCUUCUCCGCUGCCAAGUACCCCUCCGUUCGGUCGACGUAUUAUGAUACAUCUGCAAGCGAAAUCGCGGCGCCUGGCACGGGUGACCCCGGUGAUUUCACUCUGGGCUUGACGCUAUACCGCCUCAUCGAGUACGCGGACGUAGACGGCGACUCGGUCUAUACCGACGGCAAGGACACUCAAGUCCGUUACCUCGAUUUAAGCGCAGCCGCUUGGUCUCCUUUUGCCUUCACUCAGAAGACCGCGGGUGAUCGGGACUACUAUGAGUCUACUAUUCGAAUGACGGCGCUGCCCACUUCAGCUGAUGGUACUCGAUCCAACGUCACAGCGUCACCGGCAACCGUCACACUGACGUUCCGCACAGCGAACGCAGUCAUUAACACAACCGAAACCCUCAACCCCACCAUCCCCAACAGCGCUGGCAUCGAUAUGGCUGUGACAGGCUUCGGGCUUUCUCCAAACUCCCCAGUAAAGCUCGCUCUCAUCGUGCUCAUCCGCACCGCCGAAGUCUUCGGACAAGACCCCGACCUCCCAUCGAACCAGGGCAACCGCACAAAGGGCGUGCAAGCUGGCGAUGCAGCCGGUGCACGCGUUGAAUGGUCUGCUACCGGAUACGCGACCUCGACGAACUCUAUAUCUACUCGCGUCCCGAACCUCUCCGUUACGGGAUCCCAGCCUCUCUUCAACAACGCCACAUUACCGCAAGGCCUUAACAAUGCCGAGGAUGACCGAAUCACCCGAGGUAGACCCGAGGCUACUUACGCCCAAGUUAUCAACAUCAACCUUGAUCCCGCUGCCGCUGCUGGCGCUCCGCUUGCCCCCAACACGACGCAGACGGUGUCGCUGGUUUCCUUUUUGGACGAACAAGUUCUGACACCUGAGAACGGCGGCAUGUCGUCCCGCGGUUUCACGACACUUACUGCAGCCGUUGCGUGUUUUGCAACUAUGGUGACGUUGUUUGUGAACACAUAUGCAUGAGAUGGAUCUUGCAUAGAUUGCUAUCUUUUGGGACCUUUUCGCAAAACAAGUUUUGCUCAUACGUCGUAUCUGAUGCGCUCAUAUUGGCCCAUCAUAAUUUGUAUAUACAAUAGUUAACAUGAAAUGCUUAGAACAUGCC